AUGGCGCCGAGUACGCGUGCAAAUCCAUCCCCAAGCGCAAGCUCCUGUGCCGCGAGGACUACGAGGACGUGUGGCGCGAGAUCCAAAUCAUGCACCAUUUGUCCGAGCACCCCAACGUGGUGCGCAUCAGGGGCGCCUACGAGGACGCCCUGUUCGUGCACCUCGUCAUGGAGCUGUGCGCCGGUGGGGAGCUCUUCGACCGGAUCAUACAGAAGGGCCACUACAGCGAGCGCAAGGCGGCGCAUCUCAUCCGCACCANCAGAGUGGGUGGCGGAGCUUCUCGGUGUUUAUGGGCUUUUGCUCGAGUGCUUGGCGUGCAUCGGCCCGUGCCUCGCGGGGAAGCCCUACUCGGUGCACCUCCAGAGGGGACAGUUCGUUUGCUGCUUGGAAGGUCAGGGAAGGUAUGCAGAGGCCGAGGAGGAGGCGCUAUCUCUUCUUGAGAGCCUUCGAUCGGCGCUGAUCCCAGCUGCUUCAGCACCGAGGUCGCAGAAGGGGAGAAGCGCCGACGCCAGAUGCCUAUUGCCUGAUCCGAAGCUCGCAGGUUGUGAUGAUCCAGAGGUCACAAUUUUGGCCAUCCAGAUUAUCAUCAGCCUUGCUAACUGUUCUUCUAAAUACAAAACAAAGGAUGGAGCUGCUUUUGAGAGGAUCUUGGCCCUUGUUGAGCAAGUUCAGCCAUGGCUCCCGUUUCUGGAUCCUGAGUCGCUGAAGAAAUAUCAUUGGUUACUUGUGAAUGCCUUGUACAGAUGUUCAAAUUUCCUGGUUGUAGAAUGUAUGUCUUUUGACACGGAUUUGGUACAGCGGUUCUGUAUGUUCAUGUUGAGAGAGUGUGCGAAGCCCUCUUCAAUCGACCGUUUUCCGAUAAUUGCUCGCAAAAUUAGUUCUUCCAUCGACUUGCAUUGGGAAGGCAGAUCCUGUCUUAUGUUCGAUAUACUAAAUUUGGCCCUUGAGUCAAUAAAAUGUGGCUGCAAGGUUUGUGUGUCGAAAUCUGUAAAUGAGUUACUCGAUUUUGUAUUGUAUUCUGCUGACAGCCUCUGUGCUGCCAACAUGGAUGCCCUUACAGGUUUUUCGGAAUUAUUUUAUGAAAAAGGAGGUGAUUUCUUUGAGGUUUCACCUCCUAUUGCCUCAAUUCUGAUUCUCUAUGCUACUGCCUUGUACUUCGUAUCUAAUAAUAUUCAAGUUAAGCAAGCCGGAGAUAAUUUUGAAUUAUCUUCUGAGGGUACUACAAAUACAACUUUGCUUGACAAUGUAGAAAAUCUUCAGAAGUUGACUGAUUCACUGGGCAGUUUAGCAAGAUAUUUUCACGUCGCUAGCGACAGGACUGAUAUUGCUUUUGGUGAUCCAUUAGAGGCACAGAAUGAAUCAACCAUGCUUCUGAAGUCCAAUAUCCACACAGAGUGUAAAUACUUGCAUGGAAGUGCUUCUUUUAUCUCGUAUUUAGAUGCUUUAGAGUUUUUAUGCAAGAUAUUAUAUCAAUAUGCAAACACAGCCUGGAAAUACUUGUCCGAGAAGAAAAUGAUCUGUCAUUUUGUGAAGAUAGACCAUGUUUUGAAUGCAUUACAUCUGUUCUGUGAUUCGAUGAUCCUUGCUUUCAGAAGCAUCAAGACAUCUGAAAAGGAUAAAGAGAGGCUACAGGAAAGACGUGGAACAUUACUUGAAGUGGCCAUUUCAGCAUUCAGAAUCUCUUUUCUCACCACUGGAAACUAUCAGAAGAGUCUGUCCUCCAUUAAUUACGCCAUAUCAAGUGAAUGGAUUAAACCUCAGGAGCUGAGAUUUCUUAUUUCAGCACUCAAUAAUAUUGGGGCUUCGUUGUACAAUAUUGGGCAUUUCAAACAGGUACCAAUAGUAUUGCAGUUGUGUUGUCAAGCAAUAUGGGCAAAUGUCAAUCUAGUCUGCAGAAGAUACUCGGACAAGCUGCGGGGGUUUAAUGUUGAUUGUAUAUCUAAGGAUUCGGUAAAGGAUGUCAUUAAUGAUGCAUUCACAAGGAUUGCAACAAUAGUUGAUACUCUACACAGAUGUGGUGCCACCGACACGAAUGAAACUGUUGUAAAAAGCUUAUUUCAACUGUCAGCCACUGAAGGCAUAUUUGAAAAUCUAAAUGGCUCUUUGGUCUUGGUUAAACAAUGGGUUAAGAUAAUGUGUAAAGAUUUUGAAGGUGUUGACAUGGUAGAUAAUGCUGAAGUUCUCUACUCCUCACUAUUGAGAUACUGUCCAAAAUGCCCAAAGAAGAUUGCAGGCAAGAUUCUUGAGCAGGAGCUUCUUGCAUAUGACAUGAUGGAAGUUCGAAACCCAGUUCUUUGUAAACAGAUGAAACUAAAAGUUGUGGAUAUUCUCUUAAAUGUUAUGUAUGUGUCAAGAGAUUGUUAUUUGGGAAGAUCAAGGGUACUUGUUAGAAAGGCGAAAGUACUUCGAGCUUGCGGAAUAGAGAGCAUAAAUGGCUCUCUGAAAUGUCUCUCUGAAGCCAUUUGUUUACUUAAAGACAUAUCAUUAGAUUCUUCUGGAGGUAAUGCUACUGUACAUCAUCAGUUGGCCAUCGCAUACUGCUUGCAUGCACAAUGUGCCCAGGAAGCCAAUCUCGACUGUAAGGUUAUCCUGCAAGAUGUUCAAGCCGCAUUAAAUUUGUGGCUAAGCAUUGACAUCCAGGAUUUUUGUUGUAUAGAUGGAAAUUUUGAAAUGACAGCUGAAAAUAUGACACCGUUAUUGUGUUCCAUAGCUGAUUUGUUAGCCAUGAAGGGAUGCUUGGAGUUUCAGUUUGACAUCUGCAAGCUACUGAUCAUGAUAUGGAAUCGCGCGGAUAUUGCUCUUGAAAGAUUUUUUGCCUUGCUAUGGAAUGAUAGGCGUCUUAAUCAUUCGUUUUGUACCAUUCCAAUGGAUGGACAGUUCAUUUUGAAUAUGUCAAAACACUUCGGUGUUAAUGCUAGCUCUGUUGAUUAUUGGAUUAGUUGUGUAAAAGGUAAUCAGGCUUCACUAUGUAUGUUUCAUCAGAAGGUGUCACUGACUGAUUCAGUUUUUCCUGAAUUAAGUGAUCAUGGUUUUCAAACGUCAUUUGCUCAUAAAGUCAGUGCUGAUGAAGUUAAAAGGGUUGCAUCUUCUCUUGUUUCUGCUGUUCCUUUGUCAAGUCAAUCAACUUUCCUUGCUGGAUAUCUGUAUUAUGAUUUGGCUGAAAGGCUUCUGUUAAAGGGAAGAUAUUUUGAGGCUCUUUGCCUUUCAAGAGAGGCUCUUCAGUUGCGAAAGAGACUUCUAAAAAGGAAGUUCAUCUACUACUUUAGGCGGCAGCAGCAGCAGCAGCAACCACAACAGCCUGUAAGUGCUGAAAAAGAAAAUCAGACAACACCAGACCUUGUUCACCUUGAAGCGAUGGAAUCAGUUGCAACUGAAACUUGGCCAGAUCAUUGUAGGUCCGGAAACAUAGAGGACUCCUUCCUUACUCCAUGGGCUGUUCUUAGAUGCUACCUUGAAAGCAUUUUGCAGGUGGGGAUUAUUCAUGAAUCAACUGGUGAUGCUGCUGAAGCUGAAAUACUUUUCCGGACAGGAAAAGAGUUGUCCCAUCAGCAAAGUCUACCUACUUUUGGGAUUGCUUUUUCAUCAUUAUUAGGUCAAUUGUACCGUAAGAAACACUUAUGGGAGUUAGCAGAAAGUGAGCUCAGUAAUGCUAAAAAGCUUCUAGCAGAAUAUGAUACGAUUAUUUCCUGCAAGAACUGUAAGCUGACCCUUGAGGUUGCAAUUCAUAUCCAAACUGGAGAUUUAUCUAGAAACCUCUUUGAGAAAGGAAUUAAAUCUGUCAGUGGCCUAUCAAAUGCUAUAAGCAUGUAUAGAUCAGCUCUAGAGAAAAUUAGUAAUGCUGAAUUACAACGCCCUUGUAACUUCUGGGAUACAUCUGAACUCAACACUCUCUUGGUUAACACAGAUCAUGCUGUAGAAGCCAAAGGCGGAGCUCGACAAUGUGGUACAGCACCCUCAUUCAUUAAGGAAGUAAGGUCAUGUAUAUGCAGCAUCUGUCUUUCUUUACACCAGCGUUCCAGUGUCGACCGUCCUAGAUGUUUGCAGGCAGAGUAUAACAAACAAUCCUUCUCGAAUCCUGGAGCUGGAGAGUCGCUUGUGAAUAGUAAAGCCAAAAAAAUGUCAAGAAAUGCAUCAAAGGGUAUAUUGAAGGUGGAAAAAGCAGUGGCUGAAGCAAAAACAAUAAGAACUCGUUCUCGUAAACUGCUUGAACACAAAAAACAUGAAAAUGUUGCAGGUGAAGUGGAUUGUAAUUAUGACACAACUGUGAGUCAUGACCUCUGUGCUGAUUCUCUUAGUGCUAAAUGUUUAGAGAAGAAACUAAACACAAGCCGCCUAGAGGAUGAAUGCAAUAGAGAUGAUGAAUGUGACAAAGUAGGAUGUUGGAGCUGUUUUCUUAUUAAAGCACUAAAUGCCGGGCCUUUGGAAACCAUUUUGUUUCUGAAAUGGGAAUGCCAUCGGAGGCGUAUUCUUCUGAAACUGCUAUUAAAAAUAGCAAGAUCCUUGGGGGCUCAUGGUGGAAAGCAUGGUGCACAUGAAGUACAUGAUGUAUAUUGGCAAUCUAUUUCUCUGUUGUUCUACAGAUCCAUUUCUUGCAACUACUCUGAACUUAUGGGGCCUCGCUUAAUUGAGCUAAUUGCGGGCGAGAAUUUAGGCGAUACUCUUUCUAUUGAGCAUGCAGAGAUACUGUAUAACAUGAGCCUCUUUUCUCUAAAGGGAUGCCUUUCAGAGCAACCUAGGGGCACAUGCUGCUGCCUUUCUAAUAUACAAAUGUCUGAUGUUGUUCCUUGGUUGUUGAGAGCAUUCAUAAUUUCCCAACAGUUCCCCUCACUUCUUCAGAAGGUUUGCAGGCUUCUUGCUUCCAUAUAUUUGCUUUCAACAUUGGAUUACUCUACUUCUUUACCCUUGUAUUCUGAGAAAUCCCUCUCUUUGAAUCAUUGGGCUGCGUACUUCCAUCAAGCGUCUCUCGGUACUUUUCUGCAUCACCAUUACUUUUCUAGUUCCAGAGGGGUCUUCAACAAUAAAGCUACUGAGGACUGCCCUCGUAAUAUCAUGGCUGACACAGACAGCAGAACUUUCAAGUUUGUGAGAUGUUCAGUAGAGAAACUCGAACAUCUCGAAGAGCAUAUAACUGACUUUUUUAGGAGCCUCCCGAAAGUUCCUAUCAUUUGCAUCAGCAUGCUUGGAGAUGAUUAUGUUAAUCUCCUAGGAGAAACUCUCCUUCUCCCUUCGUUCUUUCCGGCUUGGCUUUUGCUGUCAAGAUUGGAUUCAACUAGCCAACCAAUCAAUAUGCUUCUGCCUGUAGACACAAUUUCAGUAGAGCUGCAAAUUGAAGAUGCUAUUUCUGGCAAAGAAUUCAUCAAUACAAGCAUGGUCUCUGUUAAGAGCUGGAAGUGCCCUUGGAGUUAUACUGUUCUGGAUUAUGUAGCCCCCUCUUUUAAACAGCUAUUGGAAGAGAACUUUGUAUCUCUAUCUAGCACAGCUCUUUCUCCAACUGAUGGACAAUUGGACCUCGUCAAGUGGUGGUCACAGAGAACCAAGCUCAAUAAUUGUCUAGAUAAGUUGUUGAAAAUCAUGGAGGAAUCAUGGUUGGGACCUUGGGGUUGCUUGUUUUUGGGUGACCAUUCAGCUCAUCAACAGAUGGACAUGAUGGUAUUCAAGUUAAUCGAUUAUCUAAAAUCUCAAUUCGAGUUUGAAGUUAAUCAUAGUCUUGUGAAAGCUAUCCUAUGUGGUGCCAAGUCAGUAGCAGAUGCGGAAGCAUGCAUUUCUCAACUUGUAUUAUAUAAAGGCUACUUUGGUAGGGGAGCAUGUUGUGGGGAGGAAAGACUUAGGGCUUUCUCUGCAGCUUGCCAGAUAGAAGCCGAUUUGUUAGACUCAAUACUUAAGUUACUCAAAGAAGCAAUCAACGGGCAGGUAGUACCAAUAGAUAGAGAACCAGUGAUUCUUGUACUGGAUACUGAUGUGCAGAUGCUCCCCUGGGAGAAUUUACCAUUGCUAAGGGGUCAAGAGAUCUAUCGCAUGCCAUCAGUAGGAAGUAUUCUUUUGGGAUUCAAUAGAAACCAGCACCUUCAUAAAGAGAGGGAUGCAAUGGGUGCUUACUUUCCUGUUGUUGACCCUUUCAAUGCUUACUACUUGUUGAACCCUAGUGGGGAUCUCAGCAGCACACAAGUGGAAUUUGAGAAGCUGUUCAAAGAUCACAACUGGGAGGGGAAAGCUGGAAAUGCUCCAACAACUGAAGAGUUGAUUUUGGCUUUGCGGAAUCAUGACCUUUUCCUUUACUUCGGUCAUGGAAGUGGAAUUCAAUACAUUCCAGGAAAAGAAAUUGAAAAAUUGGACCAAUGUGCAGCUACUCUCCUUAUGGGUUGUAGUAGCGGAACACUCUUCUGCAAAGGGUGCUAUGCUCCUCAAGGUGUCCCUUUGUCCUAUUUAUUUGCUGGAUCUCCUGCUAUCGUCGCAAACUUAUGGGAUGUUUCCGAUAAAGAUAUUGACCGAUUUGGUAAAGCCAUCCUUAAUUCAUGGCUGAAUGACGAAGCAGUAGCUGUUAGCGACUGUUCGAGGUGCUCUGAAUUAGUGAAAGAAUUCGGAUGCAUGAAGAUUGGAGAAGAUAACGAUAAUGCUAGAAAGACAAGAAGGAAAGGGUAUAGAGGGAAGAAGUCUCAGCAAUCACGUGAGAGCAAUAAAUGCCACACUUGUGGGAGAAAGAGGAUAGCUUCAUAUAUGAGCCGGGCACGAGAGGCUUGCAAGCUCCCAUUGUUAAUUGGGGCAUCUCCUGUUUGUUAUGGGGUGCCGACUUUCGUGAGGAAAAAAUCAGAAUGAUUAGCUGCUUUACGGGUAGAUUUUCUUUUUGUUCCUGCAUUUCUCCUAGACUUUCCCUGCUGGUUCAGUUGCUCAUUCAUGAUGAAGCAAUACAGAUAUACCGAUUUACACCAUUCUUAUGACAUCCAAUUCGUACUCAGGAACAUUGCUCAAAUGCUUGUAUUAAGUGAUAUAUAAGAAAGAUAUUGGGAUUCUGAUGUACAAGCUCUUGCAAGUUCCUGAAUUGGACUUUACAUUUUGUUCUAGUUGUGCAUUCGGUUGAAAAACAUCAGCAAUUGUAUUCAUCCUUGUAUGCGAAUUGGAAAAAAAAAAAUAAGUUAAUAUAUUCGAAAUGGUUAUAGUU